CUCUGAAUGUGUGAGAUUUCAGUGGAAUUAGGAGAUAUAGCAGAACAACAGAAGAGCUCUGAUGACCAUUCAGGGGUUUAUAAUGAGGGGUUCAAUUUAACCUUGUCUCCAGUGAGCAGUAUUGAGGAAGGCAUUGAAAUAAUUCUUGCUUCGGAAUUGUCUGACAUUGACAGUCCAGAGGAAGCUUACAACAAUACUGUGUCCCCAGAAUUAGAGACAUCAACAGAAAUGAUUGAUGAAGUUCACAAUAAAUUUUUACCACCUUCAAAUAACUUGGACAGAGACGAAAUGAAGGAAAGUACAAAAAAUGUUCCUGGAACCACUGUUGAUAUUAGUGAAGAAAGUAAACAAAUGAAAUUACCAACUUACACUUGUGAAACACCAUCUGAUCUUAAGUUCAAAUCAACAAGAGCGGCUGAUAAUCACAUUACGAAGGACUGUAGUUUAUCAACUAAGGACAUUGUAUCAAGUGCUGAUAAUGACAGUAAACUAGAUUCUUCAGAGAAGGAGCAAGCUGACUGUGGAAGUCCAGAAAAUAUUAUAGAUGGUGAAGAAUUAGACAUGUCAGAGUUUAUUACAGUAGAUGAAGGUUUAGAUGAAGAUCAAGAUGACAGUCUGAAGGACGAACAACCAGGUCAAAGUUCAAUGACAGAAAAGGAAGAUGAGCACAAUGCCAACAGUAUAAAGGAUGAAGAAGAGGAUGCCAGUUCAAUGGCAAAAAAGGAUCAGCAGCCAGAUCACAGCCCAGUUGUUCAUGAACACGAUGUUGACAGUCUCCAGGAUGAAAAAGAUGAAACCAGUCCACCUACAAAGGAAGAGAAGGAUAAGCAGCCUGAUCACAGCCCAGUUUCACAUGAACAUCAUGCUGACAGUCUUCUGGAUGAAAAGGAUGACACCAGUGCAACUGCAAAGGAAAAAGAGGAAGAUAAGCUGCCUGAUCAUGGUCCAAAUCAAGAAAAAAGAGAUGAGCUUGGUAAUGACAGUUCUUUGGAGGAAAACAUGGAAGACAUCGAGGCUGAGUUGGGUGCAGAAGAUCUGUUGGAAGGUGAUGUUGUAGAUGAAGUGAACAGCGAAGAUUCAGAUGAUGAAGAAUUUGACAUUGAAGGUUUUGAAGUUGUUGAUGAUGCAGACGACGACAAUCAGGAAGAAGAAACCACACAAGCUAGUGAUUCAAAAUCUCAUGUUGAGGAUCCAAGCAGCAGAAGGGGGCUGAACGCUGGCUCAAAAGAUGCCAAGUCUACCUCGUAUUCCAAUGUAGAACAGCAAAGAUCAUCAAGGACCAGGGAUGCCGUGGGCGGAGAACAGAGACAAAGAGGGCAAAUAUACUCUCAUGGAAGUCAAAGAGAGGAUUCAAAACAGUGGCAACCCAGCUACUCCUCAGACAGAAAGGGUGAACAGUAUGCAUCUCCCCAGCAGAAGACUUUCCAGGGAGGUCACCAUAGAGGGAGAGGAAGAUUCAACAGGGGAGGCAAAUACAGGGGCAGGGGUGGUUACCCUCAUGGAAAUUACUAUUAAAGGAAUUAGAAUGAAGAUAAUAUAAGAUUACUCUCAUGAAAAUUAUUAUCAGAGAAACUAGAAAAAGGAUGUAACUACAAAAGAAAUAGGAACAUUUACCGGGACACUCAGAGAUUUUGUUGACAACAUUUUAAUUUUUUAAGUGAUGAAAUUGAGUUAUUUUACUUACUUUCAUUAAAAAAAAAUUUUUCAAUAGUUAUUCUAAUGAAUUUUCUUCUGUCACAACUUUCCAAUAAUUAUUAAAAAUAGAGCAACUUUUGUAGAUGUUUUAUCAUUGCUGCAAGCAUUUUGUUCACAUUUCACAUGAAAAUGUGAUGUCUGAGCCUUUCAAAUGUGAAUGAGUCUCUUAAAAAGGGAAGGCAUCAACAUGUGAGAGAAGGUUUCACCUUAUUGAAAUUAUUUCUAUGAAAAUUACCCACCAGCAAAUUUAUGAAUUCUAGACUCUAAGAAUGAUCAUUGAUAUCAUCAUCAUUGGGCCCGUAGUUUCUAACAUUCUGAGUCUGACUUUGAGUCUGACUUUAAGACUCAGACUCAGAAAAGCUAAAUUUUAAUUUUGUUGUAAAAAUGCUUAUAAAAAAGCGAAGAUGGUAAAAAAGGAUGUAUGUGUAACAAAUAAUUUGUUCUACAAUCAGGCACUCAUCUGUUGCCAAAAUAAAUUAUAUCAUAGAUAUUUAGAAACAUAUAAGCAUCUAGUUUAUUGAGUCUGUUGAAUAUUUUACUUCUGUAUAUAUUGGUUUCUGAUUUAUAAAUAAAUGUGCUAUAAUAUAAUCAUUGUUUCACAAUUGUAAAAAUUAUUCUAAAUGACCAUAGUUUAUAAUGGGCGAAAAUUCUACAAUUUUACUUACAUAUAUCUAUAUGAUAGAUCUAUGAUUUCCAUGAACAUGUGUUAAUCUGUUUUUUAUUCAUAAUCAUUUUAUCUAAACUUGUUGGUUUUGCAUUUUAACAAUAUUGCUUACUGUUGUUUUUACCUAAACAUGUUGUAAUGUUGAAUAGAUUUUUUAUAAUAUGGAAAACUACCGGUACAUGUAUAUGUGUCUAACCUUUGUGUAGAAAAAUAACUUUAUUGUUAUUGGGAAAUGUUAUUAAAAGUUAUUCAAAACAAAAAAGGAAAAAAAAUAUGAUAAAAAAUAUGUAUACUUUUUAAUUGACCAAUAAUUGUUUACAGAAUCUAAUUUAAAUGUUCAUCUACAUUAUCAUGAAUAAAACGUUUGUUUGUGCUAAUGAGGUUGUUGUUCAUAAGUAAUACAUUAUUUGAAGUCAUUCAAACUGCUAAAUAGUUAUACUAAAAUACAUCACAUCAUUCUCCUUAUUUUGGUGAUAAAAUUGAGUCUCAGCUUUUAAAAGUAGAUGGGAUAUUCCCUUUGUAAUUUCACAUCCAUGGAUGAAUAAAGCAAUCAAAACUAGCUGUUCUCUUGGCAAAUAGAACAAGGCUUGAAAAUCAAACCUGCCACAAGAAUCCGAGAAAAUAAUACAGUAAAGAUUAACUUCACUGGACGAGAACUUGAUUAACCAAAAAGAUACUAAGCGAUAGCUUUGACCUCAAAUCAAUAAGUCAUUUACUGGUUAGUACCAAUAAUCUUUCUAUGUUUAAGGGCUUUAGGAAUAAGUGUCUUGGAUAUGUAAAGUAAAAACUGUUUUUUCUAAAAAAAAAAAAAGGUGACCUUCUGGCCCCAAAAUCAAUACUAUUUAUGAAUUCUAGACUCUAAGAAUGAUCAUUGAUAUCAUCAUCAUUGGGCCCGUAUUUUCUAACAUUCUGAGUCUGACUUUGAGUCUGACUUUAAGACUCAGACUCAGAAAAGCUAAAUUUUAAUUUUGUUGUAAAAAUGCUUAUAAAAAAGCAAAGAUGGUAAAAAAGGAUGUAUGUGUAACAAAUAAUUUGUUCUACAAUCAGGCACUCAUCUGUUGCCAAAAUAAAUUAUAUCAUAGAUAUUUAGAAACAUAUAAGCAUCUAGUUUAUUGAGUCUGUUGAAUAUUUUACUUCUGUAUAUAUUGGUUUCUGAUUUAUAAAUAAAUGUGCUAUAAUAUAAUCAUUGUUUCACAAUUGUAAAAAUUAUUCUAAAUGACCAUAGUUUAUAAUGGGCGAAAAUUCUACAAUUUUACUUACAUAUAUCUAUAUGAUAGAUCUAUGAUUUCCAUGAACAUGUGUUAAUCUGUUUUUUAUUCAUAAUCAUUUUAUCUAAACUUGUUGGUUUUGCAUUUUAACAAUAUUGCUUACUGUUGUUUUUACCUAAACAUGUUGUAAUGUUGAAUAGAUUUUUUAUAAUAUGGAAAACUACCGGUACAUGUAUAUGUGUCUAACCUUUGUGUAGAAAAAUAACUUUAUUGUUAUUGGGAAAUGUUAUUAAAAGUUAUUCAAAACAAAAAAGGAAAAAAAAUAUGAUAAAAAAUAUGUAUACUUUUUAAUUGACCAAUAAUUGUUUACAGAAUCUAAUUUAAAUGUUCAUCUACAUUAUCAUGAAUAAAACGUUUGUUUGUGCUAAUGAGGUUGUUGUUCAUAAGUAAUACAUUAUUUGAAGUCAUUCAAACUGCUAAAUAGUUAUACUAAAAUACAUCACAUCAUUCUCCUUAUUUUGGUGAUAAAAUUGAGUCUCAGCUUUUAAAAGUAGAUGGGAUAUUCCCUUUGUAAUUUCACAUCCAUGGAUGAAUAAAGCAAUCAAAACUAGCUGUUCUCUUGGCAAAUAGAACAAGGCUUGAAAAUCAAACCUGCCACAAGAAUCCGAGAAAAUAAUACAGUAAAGAUUAACUUCACUGGACGAGAACUUGAUUAACCAAAAAGAUACUAAGCGAUAGCUUUGACCUCAAAUCAAUAAGUCAUUUACUGGUUAGUACCAAUAAUCUUUCUAUGUUUAAGGGCUUUAGGAAUAAGUGUCUUGGAUAUGUAAAGUAAAAACUGUUUUUUCUAAAAAAAAAAAAAGGUGACCUUCUGGCCCCAAAAUCAAUACUAUUUAUGAAUUCUAGACUCUAAGAAUGAUCAUUGAUAUCAUCAUCAUUGGGCCCGUAUUUUCUAACAUUCUGAGUCUGACUUUGAGUCUGACUUUAAGACUCAGACUCAGAAAAGCUAAAUUUUAAUUUUGUUGUAAAAAUGCUUAUAAAAAAGCAAAGAUGGUAAAAAAGGAUGUAUGUGUAACAAAUAAUUUGUUCUACAAUCAGGCACUCAUCUGUUGCCAAAAUAAAUUAUAUCAUAGAUAUUUAGAAACAUAUAAGCAUCUAGUUUAUUGAGUCUGUUGAAUAUUUUACUUCUGUAUAUAUUGGUUUCUGAUUUAUAAAUAAAUGUGCUAUAAUAUAAUCAUUGUUUCACAAUUGUAAAAAUUAUUCUAAAUGACCAUAGUUUAUAAUGGGCGAAAAUUCUACAAUUUUACUUACAUAUAUCUAUAUGAUAGAUCUAUGAUUUCCAUGAACAUGUGUUAAUCUGUUUUUUAUUCAUAAUCAUUUUAUCUAAACUUGUUGGUUUUGCAUUUUAACAAUAUUGCUUACUGUUGUUUUUACCUAAACAUGUUGUAAUGUUGAAUAGAUUUUUUAUAAUAUGGAAAACUACCGGUACAUGUAUAUGUGUCUAACCUUUGUGUAGAAAAAUAACUUUAUUGUUAUUGGGAAAUGUUAUUAAAAGUUAUUCAAAACAAAAAAGGAAAAAAAAUAUGAUAAAAAAUAUGUAUACUUUUUAAUUGACCAAUAAUUGUUUACAGAAUCUAAUUUAAAUGUUCAUCUACAUUAUCAUGAAUAAAACGUUUGUUUGUGCUAAUGAGGUUGUUGUUCAUAAGUAAUACAUUAUUUGAAGUCAUUCAAACUGCUAAAUAGUUAUACUAAAAUACAUCACAUCAUUCUCCUUAUUUUGGUGAUAAAAUUGAGUCUCAGCUUUUAAAAGUAGAUGGGAUAUUCCCUUUGUAAUUUCACAUCCAUGGAUGAAUAAAGCAAUCAAAACUAGCUGUUCUCUUGGCAAAUAGAACAAGGCUUGAAAAUCAAACCUGCCACAAGAAUCCGAGAAAAUAAUACAGUAAAGAUUAACUUCACUGGACGAGAACUUGAUUAACCAAAAAGAUACUAAGCGAUAGCUUUGACCUCAAAUCAAUAAGUCAUUUACUGGUUAGUACCAAUAAUCUUUCUAUGUUUAAGGGCUUUAGGAAUAAGUGUCUUGGAUAUGUAAAGUAAAAACUGUUUUUUCUAAAAAAAAAAAAAGGUGACCUUCUGGCCCCAAAAUCAAUACUAUUUAUGAAUUCUAGACUCUAAGAAUGAUCAUUGAUAUCAUCAUCAUUGGGCCCGUAUUUUCUAACAUUCUGAGUCUGACUUUGAGUCUGACUUUAAGACUCAGACUCAGAAAAGCUAAAUUUUAAUUUUGUUGUAAAAAUGCUUAUAAAAAAGCAAAGAUGGUAAAAAAGGAUGUAUGUGUAACAAAUAAUUUGUUCUACAAUCAGGCACUCAUCUGUUGCCAAAAUAAAUUAUAUCAUAGAUAUUUAGAAACAUAUAAGCUUCUAGUUUAAUGAGUCUGUUGAAUAUUUUACUUCUGUAUAUAUUGGUUUCUGAUUUAUAAAUAAAUGUGCUAUAAUAUAAUCAUUGUUUCACAAUUGUAAAAAUUAUUCUAAAUGACCAUAGUUUAUAAUGGGCGAAAAUUCUACAAUUUUACUUACAUAUAUCUAUAUGAUAGAUCUAUGAUUUCCAUGAACAUGUGUUAAUCUGUUUUUUAUUCAUAAUCAUUUUAUCUAAACUUGUUGGUUUUGCAUUUUAACAAUAUUGCUUACUGUUGUUUUUACCUAAACAUGUUGUAAUGUUGAAUAGAUUUUUUAUAAUAUGGAAAACUACCGGUACAUGUAUAUGUGUCUAACCUUUGUGUAGAAAAAUAACUUUAUUGUUAUUGGGAAAUGUUAUUAAAAGUUAUUCAAAACAAAAAAGGAAAAAAAAUAUGAUAAAAAAUAUGUAUACUUUUUAAUUGACCAAUAAUUGUUUACAGAAUCUAAUUUAAAUGUUCAUCUACAUUAUCAUGAAUAAAACGUUUGUUUGUGCUAAUGAGGUUGUUGUUCAUAAGUAAUACAUUAUUUGAAGUCAUUCAAACUGCUAAAUAGUUAUACUAAAAUACAUCACAUCAUUCUCCUUAUUUUGGUGAUAAAAUUGAGUCUCAGCUUUUAAAAGUAGAUGGGAUAUUCCCUUUGUAAUUUCACAUCCAUGGAUGAAUAAAGCAAUCAAAACUAGCUGUUCUCUUGGCAAAUAGAACAAGGCUUGAAAAUCAAACCUGCCACAAGAAUCCGAGAAAAUAAUACAGUAAAGAUUAACUUCACUGGACGAGAACUUGAUUAACCAAAAAGAUACUAAGCGAUAGCUUUGACCUCAAAUCAAUAAGUCAUUUACUGGUUAGUACCAAUAAUCUUUCUAUGUUUAAGGGCUUUAGGAAUAAGUGUCUUGGAUAUGUAAAGUAAAAACUGUUUUUUCUAAAAAAAAAAAAAAGGUGACCUUCUGGCCCCAAAAUCAAUACUAUUUAUGAAUUCUAGACUCUAAGAAUGAUCAUUGAUAUCAUCAUCAUUGGGCCCGUAUUUUCUAACAUUCUGAGUCUGACUUUGAGUCUGACUUUAAAACUCAGACUCAGAAAAGCUAAAUUUUAAUUUUGUUGUAAAAAUGCUUAUAAAAAAGCAAAGAUGGUAAAAAAGGAUGUAUGUGUAACAAAUAAUCUGUUUUACAAUCAGGCACUCAUCUGUUGCCAAAAUAAAUUAUAUCAUAGAUAUUUAGAAACAUAUAAGCAUCUAGUUUAUUGAGUCUGUUGAAUAUUUUACUUCUGUAUAUAUUGGUUUCUGAUUUAUAAAUAAAUGUGCUAUAAUAUAAUCAUUGUUUCACAAUUGUAAAAAUUAUUCUAAAUGACCAUAGUUCAUAAUGGGCGAAAAUUCUACAAUUUUACUUACAUAUAUCUAUAUGAUAGAUCUAUGAUUUCCAUGAACAUGUGUUAAUCUGUUUUUUAUUCAUAAUCAUUUUAUCUAAACUUGUUGGUUUUGCAUUUUAACAAUAUUGCUUACUGUUGUUUUUACCUAAACAUGUUGUAAUGUUGAAUAGAUUUUUUAUAAUAUGGAAAACUACCGGUACAUGUAUAUGUGUCUAACCUUUGUGUAGAAAAAUAACUUUAUUGUUAUUGGGAAAUGUUAUUAAAAGUUAUUCAAAACAAAAAAGGAAAAAAAAUAUGAUAAAAAAUAUGUAUACUUUUUAAUUGACCAAUAAUUGUUUACAGAAUCUAAUUUAAAUGUUCAUCUACAUUAUCAUGAAUAAAACGUUUGUUUGUGCUAAUGAGGUUGUUGUUCAUAAGUAAUACAUUAUUUGAAGUCAUUCAAACUGCUAAAUAGUUAUACUAAAAUACAUCACAUCAUUCUCCUUAUUUUGGUGAUAAAAUUGAGUCUCAGCUUUUAAAAGUAGAUGGGAUAUUCCCUUUGUAAUUUCACAUCCAUGGAUGAAUAAAGCAAUCAAAACUAGCUGUUCUCUUGGCAAAUAGAACAAGGCUUGAAAAUCAAACCUGCCACAAGAAUCCGAGAAAAUAAUACAGUAAAGAUUAACUUCACUGGACGAGAACUUGAUUAACCAAAAAGAUACUAAGCGAUAGCUUUGACCUCAAAUCAAUAAGUCAUUUACUGGUUAGUACCAAUAAUCUUUCUAUGUUUAAGGGCUUUAGGAAUAAGUGUCUUGGAUAUGUAAAGUAAAAACUGUUUUUUCUAAAAAAAAAAAAAAGGUGACCUUCUGGCCCCAAAAUCAAUACUAUUUAUGAAUUCUAGACUCUAAGAAUGAUCAUUGAUAUCAUCAUCAUUGGGCCCGUAUUUUCUAACAUUCUGAGUCUGACUUUGAGUCUGACUUUAAAACUCAGACUCAGAAAAGCUAAAUUUUAAUUUUGUUGUAAAAAUGCUUAUAAAAAAGCAAAGAUGGUAAAAAAGGAUGUAUGUGUAACAAAUAAUCUGUUUUACAAUCAGGCACUCAUCUGUUGCCAAAAUAAAUUAUAUCAUAGAUAUUUAGAAACAUAUAAGCAUCUAGUUUAUUGAGUCUGUUGAAUAUUUUACUUCUGUAUAUAUUGGUUUCUGAUUUAUAAAUAAAUGUGCUAUAAUAUAAUCAUUGUUUCACAAUUGUAAAAAUUAUUCUAAAUGACCAUAGUUUAUAAUGGGCGAAAAUUCUACAAUUUUACUUACAUAUAUCUAUAUGAUAGAUCUAUGAUUUCCAUGAACAUGUGUUAAUCUGUUUUUUAUUCAUAAUCAUUUUAUCUAAACUUGUUGGUUUUGCAUUUUAACAAUAUUGCUUACUGUUGUUUUUACCUAAACAUGUUGUAAUGUUGAAUAGAUUUUUUAUAAUAUGGAAAACUACCGGUACAUGUAUAUGUGUCUAACCUUUGUGUAGAAAAAUAACUUUAUUGUUAUUGGGAAAUGUUAUUAAAAGUUAUUCAAAACAAAAAAGGAAAAAAAAUAUGAUAAAAAAUAUGUAUACUUUUUAAUUGACCAAUAAUUGUUUACAGAAUCUAAUUUAAAUGUUCAUCUACAUUAUCAUGAAUAAAACGUUUGUUUGUGCUAAUGAGGUUGUUGUUCAUAAGUAAUACAUUAUUUGAAGUCAUUCAAACUGCUAAAUAGUUAUACUAAAAUACAUCACAUCAUUCUCCUUAUUUUGGUGAUAAAAUUGAGUCUCAGCUUUUAAAAGUAGAUGGGAUAUUCCCUUUGUAAUUUCACAUCCAUGGAUGAAUAAAGCAAUCAAAACUAGCUGUUCUCUUGGCAAAUAGAACAAGGCUUGAAAAUCAAACCUGCCACAAGAAUCCGAGAAAAUAAUACAGUAAAGAUUAACUUCACUGGACGAGAACUUGAUUAACCAAAAAGAUACUAAGCGAUAGCUUUGACCUCAAAUCAAUAAGUCAUUUACUGGUUAGUACCAAUAAUCUUUCUAUGUUUAAGGGCUUUAGGAAUAAGUGUCUUGGAUAUGUAAAGUAAAAACUGUUUUUUCUAAAAAAAAAAAAAAGGUGACCUUCUGGCCCCAAAAUCAAUACUAUUUAUGAAUUCUAGACUCUAAGAAUGAUCAUUGAUAUCAUCAUCAUUGGGCCCGUAUUUUCUAACAUUCUGAGUCUGACUUUGAGUCUGACUUUAAAACUCAGACUCAGAAAAGCUAAAUUUUAAUUUUGUUGUAAAAAUGCUUAUAAAAAAGCAAAGAUGGUAAAAAAGGAUGUAUGUGUAACAAAUAAUCUGUUUUACAAUCAGGCACUCAUCUGUUGCCAAAAUAAAUUAUAUCAUAGAUAUUUAGAAACAUAUAAGCAUCUAGUUUAUUGAGUCUGUUGAAUAUUUUACUUCUGUAUAUAUUGGUUUCUGAUUUAUAAAUAAAUGUGCUAUAAUAUAAUCAUUGUUUCACAAUUGUAAAAAUUAUUCUAAAUGACCAUAGUUUAUAAUGGGCGAAAAUUCUACAAUUUUACUUACAUAUAUCUAUAUGAUAGAUCUAUGAUUUCCAUGAACAUGUGUUAAUCUGUUUUUUAUUCAUAAUCAUUUUAU